UCCUCGACUUCCUCUACAUCCAUAUCCGAGACAACCUCAACUUCUCAGAGGACGGUACAUCCGAGAAACUAUAUAUUGAGCCGCCGUGUGACAAUUAUUCCAUUCUCAGCCUCUAGCCCCAUAGUUUGAGUCAUAACAUUCACUUUUGAGAAGUCCAGAAGGACUCAUAAUCACCGAUUCCACAUGAACACCACCCCCUCUUAAGUGCUACGAUACCAUCCACAGCUAUCAUCUGCGUAAUCCUCCUUCAUCAUCCCCAUCCUCCUAAUCCUCAACUCAAAAUGACAACCCCCCGCCCCCUCAAAGUCCUCUACCACCUUCACCCCAACCUCGACACCCUCGACCUCUGCGGCCCCCUCGAACUCCUCUCACACGCCCACUUCCCCUCCACCUCCUCCCCCCAAAAAGCCUUCCUCCCCACCCUAACCGCCGUCUCGGACCUCAUCACCACAGACCAAGGCCUGAAGAUCCACCCCGACAUCCCCAUCUCCACCGCCUACACCACCCUCUCCUCCUACGACAUCCUGAUCAUCCCCGGCGGCGGCUCCCCCGGCGUAUUAGAAGGAAAAACCGAGCCGUUAGAACUGAUCAAAGCCUUCUUCUCGUUGCCGAAGAAAGAGAGGAAGGACGAUGAUCCGUUGAAGGGAGAGAGGAUCUUGAUGAGCGUGUGUACCGGUUCGUUGUUCUUGGCGGCGGCGGGAGUGUUGGAUGGAUUGGCGGGGACGACGCAUCCGUAUUAUUAUGGGAAGUUUAGGGAGAUUCUGAAUGGGAGGGGGAAGGUGCUGGAGGAGCGGUUUGUGGUUAAUGGGACGGGGGAGGAGGGCGGGGUGAGGGUUGUUACGUGUGGAGGCGUGAGUUGUGGGAUGGAUGGGAGUUUGUGGUUGAUUGAGCGGGUGGUGGGGAGGGAGGCGAAGGAGAAGGUUAUGGAGAUUGUGCAGUAUAAUGGGAGGGAUGGGGAGGGGGUUAUUGUUUGAGUUUAGGUCGUGAGUUGGAGGUUAGGUUGGGAGAUCAAGGAGGGACGGAAAAUGGUUCUAUUUUAGGAAAGUUGUAGGGAAACAGAAAUCUCAACUCUGAAU